GGGAGCCAGUCAGUGCCUUGUGAGGCGUCGCGGGAGAAAGGCGGAUUCUUACUCCGUCUCCGAACUCCAGUCCCACGACUGGAAGCAACGCACCACUUCGCGGGUUAAGUCGUCCAGGAUCGCCUUGACUCAGUGACGCCUUGAUAGCCUUAAGGCUCGGCGCUUAACCGCUUAGGCUAAUUGUUUUCUCCGGGAAGCAUAUACAAGAGAUACUUCGGAAGUGCAGGAAAGUGUGGAUUGAGAAGAGAUUUUUUGUUAUUUUGUUGGAACUCAGUUUGUAGUGGCCAAGGACGGGGUGGAGGUUGUGGUAUAGCGCCACGUGUGUGUGUGUGGAGUGGGUGAACUAGUGUGAAACACCUGAGCAGGGAACUAUAGUGCCAGAGUGAAAAUCAGCGAGUAUAUUUGUUGUUGAGGGCGCGUCUCUCAGCGCUCUGGCGAAGGAAGGAAGAGGGAUCUCCACGUCUGUGGUUGGUGAUGGCAGCACCAGUGACCAGCAGAUGAAGACCAAACAUAUCUUAUAGUGAGUGAGUCGCCUGAAGGAACAUCCUGAAGGUGCGGCAAAGGUCCGCCACCAUCAACGGCGUCUCCUGACCAUUGGGCUACGGGCUCACCAUAGCCCGUGCUACUUGGAACUUUGUUCCAGGUAGCGAAUCUUUAACAACAACAUCCUGACCAUUAGAUGAAGGGAAGAGCUUGGUCUCGGUGAUCAGGAGUCGCGCCAGCAACCUGACGAAGGUGGGGAAGGUAUUCCGGCCUGUGAGGAUGGCGGUCCAGAGCCGAGGCCCAAGAGCUAGAGUCUGGCAGGUGCGGCAGGGGAAGUGCUCCUGCUGUUGCUGCUGCUGCACUCAGGCCUCCUGCUCUUCCCUGCUGCUGCUGUGUCUCCUCCUGCUGGCGUCUCCCCUCCUAACUCAUGGACGAGAAAGUGAGGACGCUUCAACAUCACUACCCGAGGGAGCAGCGCCCCAGCUCCUGCAGGAGGCGCAGCAGGGCCGCCCCAUCACCUCCACCGACGACCCGGCGGCCCAGCUCCCAGCACUCGUCGCCGCCUUGGAGGCUGCGCCCAGUCUGGUCAUCCACAAGUGUUGUCCCGAGAGCGAGGUGUUCGACCACGCCACCAAGGGCUGCCAGCCUGGCCAGGACCUCACCUUCAGUGUUCCCAUCUUCACCGUCGAUUAUUACGGCAUGUACAUGGAGUCCAACCUCACGCGGGAUCAGGUGGAGCUGCAGACGGAGAUGCUGGGGUGCGAGCGGUACCUGCUGGACGCCGUGCCGGAGAGAAAACCCGAGUUCGACUUCCGUGUCUUGGACACUGGCCAGUUGUGGGUUCCGGAAUAUGAGAGGUACUACGACCCGGCCGACUACUGCCUGGAGAACUUCGUGGCCAACGCCAGCGUGCGAGGCUCUCCGCACAUCCAGGGCGCCAUGGUGUGCAUCCUGGAGACCGAGGUGGAGACCUUUGAUCCCUCCAAAAUCCCCGUCAGGAAGUGCUGCAUGCAUAAUGAGGUGUACGACACCGCCAUCAGCUGUACCCUGCGGGCCAACCUGACGGAGACGCCCUGGCUGGUGCCCCUCAGGCCGGCAGAGGAGCCAUCAGGAACUGUCCAGCUCAUUGACGUCCGCCAGCUGCCAUACUCCGACACUCACGAGCUGGUACCAAGCUUCCAGACGUGCGUAGGCGAGCAGAUGGGCUGGCAGGUGGACACCUUCCACGUCGAGGAGGAGACUGGAGGACUCUUCGUGCCCCUCCUCGACCGUGUCAUCCCUGACAACCAGUACUGCAUCGAGGACUUUCACACCAACGGCACUCUUGUACCUACGGCAUACGUGUGUGUGAGCGAGGCGGAGAAGCAACACCUCCAACGGCUCCAAACCCCAGGCUGCCAGAGCGAGUCGUGCGUACCCAAGUGCUGCCAGUUCGGGGAGAUCAUCGACGCCACCUCCAACAACUGCGUGUCGGCCAGAGAGUACCUCUUCCACCCCACCGUCUGGAGAGACAACGAGUCACACCCAGCGGGCAGUCUCCACGGGCCUGGGGUGCUUGGUGCGGACUAUGGGUACGGGUUUCCCGCGUGUGAGGUGCAGCUGACCUACUCCAACGAGCACGUGCAGCUCCUUCACCACGGCUCACUCCGCUACGUCAGCAACAACACCGACGAGUGUGAGCCGCUGCAGGUCUUCGUCAUACCCCGGGGCGAGUUCUGUGUCGAUCAGGUGCUGUACCCGACGGGGGAGGUGAAGCAGGGCGCCGGCUUCUGCUUCAGCGACAAGUGGGACCAUCUGGGCAAGAUGGAGAAGCAUGAGGUGAAUUACAUCUACUCAGCGUUCCUGGCCAUCUCUGACCUCUUCAUCCUGGUGUCGUUCAUAGUUUACCUCACAGUCCCAGACCAAAACAAGCGGGGACUCAACAAGAACGUAAAGUUGGCUCACUCGGUCUUGGGCCGCAUCCUCCUCUGUUUCCUCUUCAGUUUAUUUUUUGCCUACCUCUUCCUCAUCAUCAUCAAGUUGUUCUCUGACCCCAUCAACCUGGCCAGCCCCAGCGCCUGCGUCGGUGUUGGAGUGUGUAUGUACAUGUUCUUCAUGGCUACCUUCUUUUGGCUCAAUGUUCUGUGCUUCGAGCUGUGGUGGAAGUGCGCCAGGCAGGAGAGUUCAAGUGGGAGACGCUGGGUGUGGUACCAGGUGUACGCUUGGGUGUCUCCCAUGGUCUUCGGUGCUGUCUCCCUCAUCAUGGAGUUCACACCAUCCAUCAGCAACUGCUACAUCAAACCCAAGUUUGGCACCUACUCCUGCUUCUUCAGCUACUCGGUGACCCAUAACAAUGGAGCCAAGUGGGCCUACUUUUUUGGGCCCGUUGCAGUGCUGCUGGUGGCAGACUUGGUGUUCUUCAUCCUCACGGUGCGCUCCCUCCUGGUCACCGUCCAACAGAGCCACAAGGGCACCGUACAGAAACAGACCAGGCAGAGGCUCAGACUCUGUUUCAAGCUAUUUUUAGUGAUGGGUAUCAGCUGGCUGGCAGAAAUCAUAUCAUUCCAACUGGGGCCUAGCACUGUCUGGUAUAUUUCUGAUGUUUUCAACUGCUUCCAGGGGUUCAUAAUAUUCUUAAUCUUCAUCCUGAAACCCAAAAUCCUUGAGGCUGUACGAGCACGACUGUGUGGAUGCUGUGGAACUCCUCCACCAGCCAAGCCCCGCGGACCCACAGCUGUGAGGGGCACCACGGAGGAAGAGAUCGCCACAGGCUCCGAUGUCGCCAACACCCCAUCAUAUAGAACUAGCCAGGAUGCGUAGGGCAUGUGAUGGCACUAAUUCUGCUGCUCCAACACAGCACAAAUUUGCACACUUAGUGAUGCUGCUGAUACUACACCAUCACACUAUUUUCACUUACUGCUGCUACACCAAUCACACUUCAUAUGUUGCUGUUACACCUAUUACAACAGUUAUCAUCUGUUACCGAUACACCCAUUAUAGUACAGUACAACUGUUCCCUCAUAUAGACACCACACUAGCAUAACCUGCUUCUGCUUCACCCAUUACACUAAAUUCACUUGCUUCUGUUAAAUCCAUCACGGCUACUGCAUUGGCUUCUGCUCCAUCUAUUACAGUACAUCAGCUCUUAUCACAUCACCAUACUAGCUUCACCUGCUGUUUCUAAACUCGUCACACUAGCUUUGCCGUUCUGUAGCAGCUGCUGCUGCUACUGGAACAAGACACCCAUUACACUAGCAUCUCCUGCUGCUGCAACAUCCACUACACCGGCUUCACCUGCUGCUGUUGCUCCACCCAUUAAAUUACCUUCACCUGCUCCUGCAACACCCAUUACCCUAGCUUCACAUGCCAUUGCAUAAUGACCGCUAUUACAUGUCCUUCCCCUUCUGUAACACUAUACUGCAGUACUACUAUUACUCUCUAAUACCAGUUCUGUACCCUACAGCUGCUAUAAAAGCAAUAGCUGCAGUAUGCAAGAACAAAGGCAUGCCUUCAAUGUUCCAGGAGAAUACAAUUGUACAGACAUAUUUCAUAUUUUAUCUGGAGAAUUGUUAAUUGUCAGCAAUUCAAAUGAAUUGAAGUUUGACCAGGUCUUCCCUUCAAGACCUUUUAAUGUUCACAGAGUCAAUUGUGGAGCAUUUCUUUUUGGUAAAAAAUAGUUACAUGCAGAUUAUCCUGUCGUAAUUUAAGACAUAAACUGGAACUGGGUUUGUUAAAUUAAGGCCUGUACAGUAUUGAACUAUGCUAACACUGGUGAAUUUAUAAAUUAGUGACAAAACAGCAAUUUUGUUUGAAUAUUUCAAGUAACAAUUUGCCUAUUUACCUGAGUCACCAUUCUAAUGGCCUUGAGGCUAGAUAGGUUUGAUAUUACGUUCUACAAACAGUCAGAAUUAUAUUUGAUAACUUACAUAAUCCACACAACAACUUGGGUUGCAAGCUUUAAUUAGUUCUGAAUGAAGGAACUAUGAAAGACAAGCUUGGCAUCAAGCUUGCAGUAAUACUCAAAGUCGUAAAAAUGAUUUCAUAGGUUUGUGUGAGGCAUCAAACUUGCAGUAAUACUCAAAGUCGUAAAAAUUAUUUCAUAGGUUUAAGUCACACAAUGACAAAAAAUCCAGGGCCAAAUUUGAUUCUGGUAAACUGAAGUUAAUAUUUGCAAAUACUGUCUACACUCACUAAUCUGAAUCAUAUGGGGGAGGCACCACUUCCCCUGUGAGUUAGUCAAAUUUUUACCUGGAAAGACCAAAAAUUAAAAAAUUCAGGAUUUUUAUUUGCCAGAAAUCUCAGCAACUCAAAAUUUUGUUUGAGUUGAGCAGUAACAAAUUUGAACUCCAAUUUACUUGGGUUUCCUGUUGACCAAAAACCUCAGUAACUCAAUACACACAGAAAUCACAAUAGCGUGAUACAUCAAAUAAACAAAUCCACAAUGGUCGUGAUAAGUGUUCGAAUCUAUAUCCGGGAUGAUCCAGGACAUGCCUUGGUGGAUUGCGCCAUGAAAUGGUCAAAAGAAUAACAACCAUAAAUGCUACUGUCCUCACACGGAUCCCGCAGCCUCUCCGAGACACAAACCAGGGUUUUACACAAUUCCCCCAUGCACCCGGGCUCUGUCAACAAGCUGUUCUACCUCUUCACCCUUACUUCAAAACACACAGAAAUCACAAUAGCAUGAUACAUCAAAUGAACGGUUUGUGUCUGGGAGAGGCUGCAGGAUCCAUGUGAAGGCAGUAGCACUCCCAAUUGCAAUUCCUUUGACCAUGUUGUGGCACAAUCAACUAAGGCGCGUCUGGGAUCAUCCCAGACGUAGGUUCUAACCCUUGUGGAUUUGUUCUCAGUAAUUCAAAUUUUUAUUUGAGUUGAGCAGUCAAAAACGUGAACUCAAAUAUAUUCACGUUUUUCAUUUAACUCAUUUGGGUUAAAAGGGCCUUUAAGUGAACUACUCGCAUGUCAAUUCAUUUAGAUUCCUCGAAGAUUCAGGUUACUGGAAUCCAAAGUACUAAGGUACUGUAUACUGUAUUUGCAAAAUAACCAAAUUGUUAAGCUAUUUAAAUUUAGUUUUUAUAUUAUUUAUGAUCAACUUGCAUUUAAUAAAAUAUUUUUAAAGUUACUGAUUUAUUAUAACUUUUUUAGUGGCCAUCACAAAAUAAAAUGAUUGUCAUAAAUCCAUUUUUGAUGAUACAGUAUUUUUGAUUCAGUACAGUAUUUGUAAUACAGUAUACAAAGACAAAUAUACAGAAAUGAUAGCAGUAAAAAAAAAAAAAAGUUGUCCAUGGCAUUUAGCUCCAUUUUAAUUAAAUACCUGAAUAGGACACUAUAUGUUAUAAUUUAUUACUAAAAUGUUAGUUGUACUAUUUGCAUGCUUUUUUUCUAACAAUAUAAACAAAACAUAUAUUUUAUAACAUAAUGAUUUACUUAUAUACUGUAUAUUAUAAUUAAGACUUUAGAGAAACUAUUACAUAGGCUUCUCUUAUAAAUUAGCCUUUAGUGUCAGUGGUGAGCAUAUCAUCAUUAAUGCUGAUGACGUUUCCAUACCUGUUUGGUACAAAGCAUUCUUGUUAGCCUAAUUCAUAUUCUGGCAGCAUUGUGAUGAGGCUCAGUAAUAGUUUGCUCCCCAUCCUCCUAGUUGUUACUGUUCGUGGAUGGUUGAGUGUUGGAUGAAUGGGUUGGCUAGUGGUUGGGUGAAUGGUUUCUGCCCGAAAUGCUAUGCGUGUUAGUGGCUUUACAAGAAUGUAAAAACAUUAAUGCUAUGAACUCUCAUUAACCCACUAUACCUUCUUGUAUAUAACUAAAUAAAUAAAUAAAUUAUAAAUAAAUAAAUUAAUAAAUAAAUAUAUAAAUAAAUGUGUUGGCUAGUGGUUGGGUGAAUGGGCAGACGAGUGGUUUUAACACAUUUUAUCACAUAACACAUUUUUGGCACAUUACUUGAAAAUGUGCAAAAUGUGUUAUGUUUUACAAUACAGAAGAGCCAAAAACCCUUCCAUUACCAAAUAGAUUUUAUUAAAUUUUCUGAAGCCUUGCAAGCAAUUUGAAUCCAUGAUAGAGAUGAUAAUCUUCCUGCAAGUUAUUCCAGCCUCUGAAAGCUGUUUUUAAUACUCUUGAAGAUAUUAAAAAAGAAAACAUACCUAUCAGUGAUUAGUGAUAAGCCCUGAAUAGAGAGUUAUCAUGCUGUGAUACAAAAAUUAGCUCAUGAUGAGAUAGUUAGGACAGGAUAAAGAGUUAGAUCAGGAUAAGAAAGGUCAGGGUUUACUGAUUAUGUCAAGCAAAGAGGUCAGGGUUUAUUGAUUAAUGCCAAGGCAAAAGUGUCAGGACUUGGGAUUAUAUUGUUGGGUCAAGUGAGACUGUUAAAGAGUGUUAGGUUAAAGUUUAUCACAUACUGUAAUGAAGUUUACAAAUGAUUAGUCUCUUAGUUGAACACAGUGACAGCUAGAGAUUCAUUUGUAUAGGGACAGAUGUCUUAUAAGUCUUAGCACUGUAGUGUUCUGAGGCUCUUGUGUUAAAAUAACCUGAUUUGUCCUAAAACUAACUGGAAUAUUGUUUGAUUUGCUUCAGGAAAUGUAUCUAAAAGUCUUUAAAUGAAUCUAAAGUAAAGCAUUGUAUAUGUAAGACCAAUAUGCAUCUGUAAAUAUUUAUUAACAUUUUAGUAAAGUUUGUGAAUACCCUGUAAUCAUAAUAAUGUUACCUUCAUUUAAUGAGAAUGACACACAAAGUUAACAGUACUGAGUUGUAAAUUAUACAAUACCAAUUGUAAACUGAAAUAGUAUAAGUUGCUUGAUACACUUGCUUUAACUGAUACAUUUGAUCGUUUGAAGAAAUUGUUCAGAUGAACAUCCUCCAACUUGUUCAGUAUAUUUUUUUUUUUUUUUUUUUUUUUUUUUAAAGUUUAUUUUAAAAGUUUCAAUGAGAUCCGCCCUUCAAUAUGUACAACAAUGAGAGUCUAUGGCUAGUAAUUAUAUUUAAAAUAUAUUGUAGUGAAAUGAUUUCUUAUUAGCAACCUAUAUUUUACUAUGGUUAUAUUAUAUUUUUUUUUACCAAUUUAUCUUUAAGGUUUAUGCUCUACUACUUUAGUGUUAUAGUGGUGCUGAAGUAAAUACAAUAAAGUGCAAAUUAUCUGCUAAUUAAAGACUU